AUGACAACGGCUCCUCUUUCUCAAGGAACCGGCUACGGUAUUGUGGUCGGUCUUGGUAUCGCUUUUGCAAUCGUCAUGAUUGGUCUUACAUACUCUCUUCGCAGAUACCAAAAAGAAAUUGUCACCUCUGAAGAAUUCAACACCGCAGGCAGAUCAGUUAACAAAGGUCUUAUUGCUUCUGCUGUUGUCUCAUCCUGGACUUGGGCUGCCACUUUGCUUCAAUCGACCAGUCAGGCUUACAAAAAUGGUGUUUCCGGUCCUUUUUGGUACGCUUCUGGUGCUACCGUUCAAAUUAUUCUUUUUGCAACUUUGGCCAUUGAGCUCAAGAAAAAGGCUCCUGGCGCUCAUACCUACCUCGAAGUUAUCAAAGUCCGUUAUGGCCCCAUUGGUCACGGUGUUUAUCUCUUUUUCGCCGUUUGCACAAAUAUUCUUGUAACUGUCAUGCUUCUUACUGGUGGUUCCGCUGUCAUUAGUGAUCUCACUGGAAUGAACACUGUUGCCGCCUGUUUCCUCAUUCCCCUCUCAGUCUCUAUCUUUACUCUUGCCGGUGGUCUCAAAUCGACUUUCCUUUCUGAUUACAUCCACACAGUCAUUUUGAUUGUUAUUAUCAUGAUCUUUGCUUUCACCACUUAUGCCACAUCCGAUGCGCUUGGCUCUCCUGGUGCUGUUUGGGACGCCCUUGUAAAACGCGCUAUUGAGACCCCAAUUGAGGGCAAUGCCGGCGGCUCCUAUCUCACCAUGCGAUCCCACUCCGGCGCCAUUUUCUUUGUCAUCAACAUUAUUGGCAACUUUGGCACUGUUUUCCUCGACAACGGUUACUGGAAUAAGGCCAUUGCUGCCUCACCAGCUGCUGCCUUCCCCGGUUACGUUCUUGGUGGUAUUGCUUGGUUUGCCAUUCCUUGGCUCACUGCUACCACCAUGGGUCUGGCUUGUUUGGCCCUUGAAGAUUCCCCCAUUUUCCCCACUUACCCUAACCGCAUGACAUCCGCAGAAGUUUCUGCCGGUCUUGUGCUUCCCAAUGCUGCCGUCGCGCUUAUGGGUAAGGGCGGUGCUGCUUGUGCUCUUUUGCUCGUCUUCAUGGCCGUUACUUCUGCCUUUAGCAGUGAGUUGAUUUCCACUUCUUCAAUUGCCACUUAUGAUAUUUACAAGUCCUACAUCAACCCUAAGGCUUCUGGUAAGACCCUUAUCCUUAUUUCCCACUCUGCCCUCAUUUUCUUUGCCUUUUCCAUGGCCGGUUUCUCUGUUGGUCUCUACUACGUUGGAAUCAGUAUGGGUUACCUCUAUUUGCUUAUGGGUGUCAUUAUUUCUGCUGCUGUCAUCCCUGCUUCUCUCACUCUUUUGUGGAAGGGCCAGAACUUUUACGCUGCUACUAUUUCCCCUGUUCUUGGCUUUAUCAGUGCUCUUGUUACCUGGCUCGUUACUGCCAAGUGCCUUUUUGGUGAGCUUACUGUCGAUUCCACUGGUGCUGAUAUGCCCAUGCUUGCCGGUAAUGUUGUUGCUCUUCUAUCUCCCGCUCUCUACAUCCCCAUUCUUACCCUCAUCUUCAAGCCUUCUAACUUUGACUUUGAGGAGCUUAAGAAGAUCAAGAGAGUUAUCGACAAGCCUUCUCAUGAGGAAGAACCCGAAGAAGUCGUCAAGGAGUUUGAGGAAGAAACCUAUGAGUAUGUGGACCCUGAGGAAACCGCAAUGCUGGAACGUUACGGCAAGUGGGCCCGCAUUAUCUGCUCUGUGAUGGCUGUGUGCUUCCUGGUUAUUUGGCCCAUGCCCAUGUAUGGUUCUCACUACAUCUUCAGCAAGAAGUUCUUCACCGGUUGGGUCGUUGUUGGUAUCAUUUGGAUCUUCUGCUCUGGUUUCAUUGUUGUUUUCUUGCCUCUCUGGGAUGGUAAGCACCAGAUUAUCAACACUAUCCGCGGCAUCUAUUGGGAUGUUACCUUCCAGUCUCACAAGCUUAAAGAAUGGCAGAACGAGCAUCCUGAAGAGCUUAGCCAUGAGGGACCUGAAACUCUUGAAAUUAUCGGCAAGCCUCAAGUUUCCAGUGGUGAUUUAAUGACUGAGGAUCUUUCUGACCUUGAGAAGAAGCAAUAA